AUCAUCAAAUGGCCAGGAACCUUUUGCAGACACACUCUAUUGCUCCCACCCACACUAAAUUUACAGAAGUCAAAAGUUCCUUUUUCAUUUUACAGUUAAACAGUGGGCUUUGUUUAUUUAAUUUUAUCUGAUGCAGUUGAAAGGCCUGUUUGAGCAGUUAGUGCUAUAAGCUUGUGCUAUAUAACAAGAGAGGGAGACAAUUUUUGGUUUUCGUUGACUGAGAGGAAAUUUUGAAACAUUGUGCAAUGGUGCCGCAAAAGUUUUGAAAGGUUGAGAGAGCAUUUUGCCAGCAAAGCAUCUGAGAGUCGGUCUUGGAGAAGAGGUAUCCAUGUUCCAUCCAUACAGAAUGGAGAGCUAUCUCAUUCAGCCUCAGCACACAGAUGAAAUUUACGACCCUGAGAUCUACAGACAUCAAAUUCCAGAAUAUUCAUAUCCAUAUGUCCUAGAUCCAGAAAGCCAGGCAGAACACUGGGACUACCAUGCUCACCCUCAUGUGCACCCUGCAGAGUUUGACAAUCUCCAAGAGAGCAACUUCACAGAGCUCCAGAAUGUGCAGGCUCUCCACCCAUCUGGGCUCUUACGACAUGACACUCUACGAUACGAAGCUGAAAACCUGCUCGAUCCAAAUCUAGCGGCUCAUUCGCAUGUGUUACAGCAACCAGUAACGUUCUUCCCUCGGGCGUUGUAUCAACCACAUAUAUCCCAGCGCAGCUCUGAUGAAGAGGACCAUGGGGCACGAAGUCCGCCACUGGAAGUGUCUGACGAGGAGUGCUUGAGGGAUCGAGUUUCUUACAUCCCAGCAGGAGAGCUGGGUAAUAAAAAGAAGAUCCGCUUGUACCAGUUUCUGUUGGACCUUUUAAGGAACGGCGACAUGAAGGACAGUAUCUGGUGGGUGGACAGAGAUAAAGGGACAUUCCAGUUUUCUUCCAAACACAAGGAGGCUCUCGCACACCGCUGGGGAAUCCAGAAGGGAAACCGCAAGAAAAUGACCUACCAGAAGAUGGCUCGUGCUCUGCGCAACUAUGGCAAAACCGGAGAGGUGAAAAAGAUCAAAAAGAAGCUGACGUACCAGUUUAGUGAUGAGGUGCUGGGCAAGAGUCAUCUAGACAGAAAAGCAUACAUAUAGGCAGGAGGAAUGCUCAAAUACUAGCACUGAAUAAUGUAUAGAUUUAAUCAGUCUUUCUGAUGAGUACUGCUGCACAGUGUGACCGGGUCUUUGAAGGUACUAGUAAAUGCAGCAUAAAGCUAUGGACCACAACCUUCCUUCUAAGACAUGCUGGGGGACCACUUAUUAAGUACAGAAGAAUCACCAUAGAAAGCUCAGUUUGGCUUGUCUGUCUGAAAUAUUUGGAAGGCAAAAUACUCCAAAUUAUCAUGAUGAAAAUAAAGUCAGGGCCGAACACAAUUAUGUGUAAGAUGUUGUUUGUAAAUGGGUAUAGAGAUUUGUGAAUGAAUACUUUUGAAAAGCUGUUAUUGCUGGUGUUCCUUGUUGAGGUGGCCAGAGUUGGAAGUGAAAGUCAUGUGAUACCGUGGUUUAGAGAGACCUUUGAUACACACAAACACACACCUAACAGACAAAGUCAAUAUCAGGAACUAAAAAGAAUUCCUGAUUACAACUACCCUUGGGCCAUUUUAGCCAAAAUAGCUUUAAAAUGUGCAGUUUAUUACAGAUUAAAGUUUAUUCCAAGCUUAAAGUAAUACAGUUUAAUGACUUUAGCUCAGUCUCUCAAAAACUGCAGACAACUCUUGUCUGACCCCUAACUCUUGUGAAUGAAAUACAGACAAACAACAUGUACAAAGCAACCAUAAAGUUGAACUUCACCUCUGAAACCACAAAACCACUACCAGCCACGGGGAACAAUCAUGUACGAUCAUCAAACUCUACAACAUCAUUUUCAAAUGUGCAAACACAUUCAUAAUUUUUGUUCUUAAUUUUUCUUGUAGAAUUUCUUUUUUGUCAUUCUGGUUUAUUGUGUCUUUUUGAUAGAAAGUAUGAUAGUUUUCCUGUGUACGCAACACAAAUAUGAAAAACAAACCCAUAGUUUUUACAUUAAGACUUUAAAUCCAUGGGUAAACAGAUUGACUGCUUCUUUUCAAAGGUACCAAAGUCAGUCAGAUGAACUUAGUGAUAGAAAUUGCAUCUCUGAAAUGUAAAAGCAAGCUGGGAUUUUUUCAGCUAUUUGGAAUCUGGAGCAAUAAGUUCCAGCAGGUUACAUCUGCUUUUGUUUUGUAGCUUCAUAUUAAAUGUACAAGCAGCAGCUGUAUGACUCUUUUCUUCGAGCUCAUGGUAUGAGAGGGAUUUGACUUGUUCGCUGCCUGUUUAGUAGAUAUGAUUAAAAGCAUUAAGGAAAAGAAACAGAGCCCUCUCUUGGGUGGGGUGGAUGUAGGCAUGUUGACAUCCCCUAUGCAAUUUUAAGUGUGGGUGCACAAAUAUAUGGUAGACGUUCACACUCUGUUUGGAAAUAUCUGAUAUAUUUUCAAAACUAAAUUCUGCUUCAUGUCAUUCAACCGCAGCAAUGACAUUCAACUUCUUUGUCAUGCUGAACAUGUACAAGUUCUCUUGUAAUGUUUUUACUACUGUUUGUAUAUAUUUAAACUGGAUUUUUUAACAAUAUAUUUAAAACAGAAUAUUAGGUUUGAUAUGAUGGUUUAGAAGACCAUAUAUGAAACGCUGUAUGUUACAAUUGCAAAUCGCAUGUACAAAGUAAAUAAAUUGUCCGUCACCUUAUCUGUAUUGUGCUUCUUGCAAAGAUAAUUGUGAUGUGAUUUGGGCAAACACUGGAGAUAAAACACAAAGAAGAAGAAACACAAAGUCUAUAUAAAGUUGAAUUGUGUUAGACACAGAGAUUAAGUGACAUCUCUCAUUACAACUGAAAAGAUAAUCGUUCAACUAUGAGGAACUAUGAGGUUAAUAUGGGGCUGGGGAGGUGAAGUCACUUGUCACCAAGUACUUAUAUCUGCGUGUGUAUACUGACACACCGCAGCCACCAGUUCCCCUGUUCAUAGAGGGUAUAAAGAACCCACUAUGCUGAAAGUUACACAACUACAAUUUUUAUGUUAUAUCACUGAGUGGGCAAUGCAGUCCUCUGUUCAUGUGUUUUCUCUUUGUUUUUCAUUUCCUAGAACAAAACAUUUUUUAGCAAACUGUCUAAAGUCAACCUAUAAAAUGCUUACUGACUUCUCCGUUUCCACACACAUCCUUUUUUAACUGAGAAAAUAGGAACUAAAUUUAUUUAUCAUGUCAGAAUCAAGUAUGUCAAAGGCAAAUUUUGUCAUAGAUAGAUGCUCCUGUAUGUGAAAUAUUAACAUAUGUAAUGUGUUACUGAGGGUAGCAGAUUUAAAUAUGUAUAAUGUGUGAAAUUAGAUAUUUAGAAACUGUGUUUUAUGGCAUAUUAAAAAUUUGUAUUGACGUUG